AUGAGACGCAGAUUAUGUUUGCUAGCUUCCUGUAUAGCAGCCACAGUGCUACCUCUUCUGAUAUAUUGGAGUCGAGUGUCCAACAAGUUAAUAUUUCAUGGUGCUGAAGAUAAGCUCACAGAGGAAGAACGUUUGUUGGCGCUACAGGAAAAUGAUGCAUUCAGCGUGACGCCUCAGGAAUUUGACUCAGUUACAGUGGAGGCAAGGGUGAAUGAACAGAAAAAUCCUCGAACCAUCGGGGACCUCACAAAGAAUCAUGACCACACAGAAGCAAGAAGCAGUUUAUUUAAUGCACCAAAGGAGAACACUGAGGACGAAGACCAGCCCAAGGACAUUCCAUCUCAUAUUGACAUGAACAGUGUUGAAAAGGUAGACCGCAAGAAAAACGACAAAGGCAACGACGACGCUUUUGGGCAGUUGAAUGUAAACAUUUCCGAGGAAAACAACAAUGCUUCAAUCUGGGAAAACGGCAGUGAUCAUUUGCUCACAAGGAAAAACGACAAAGUUUUUGAAAAUUCCAUGACAGGUCGUAAAGACAUCACAAACAGGUCGGUAACUCUAGGUAGGGAUCAACGUCGCAACGAGUUGUAUGAAAUGGCCGAAAUUCAGACGCGACCCAGGAAUACCUCAUAUCGGGUUCCAGCUGUACCAUGUGUGCCUCAAUCUGGCGCGUGCAAACCACACAGAUCCAUCGUGUUCCUCAAGGUUCACAAGUGCGGCUCUGAAACUCUCAGACGCGUCCUUCAACGAGCGAAAGAUAAAUACAAGCUAAGGCAACUUUAUCCCAAGCACGGUGGCUUUUUCUACGAGUGGGAGUCUCCAACAAAUAUGAACCCAAGAAAAAUAACUCGCCAAGAUGCAGAUUAUCACAGUGGCAUCACAUACGAGGUAAUUCUGAAUCACAUGAUCUUCGAUUAUGAUGUAGUACGAUCUAUGAUGCCAAACCAUACUUUUUAUUUGGGACUGGUUCGAGAACCUUUCUCACACUUUAAGAGUGCUUUCCAUUAUUACAAAAUAGCUCAAAGAUUACAUAUGCAAGACAACGACCCAGUGGCGGCGUUUUUACGGCAACCAAACAAAUAUUGGACAAACAUACCGAAAAGGAAUUAUCGGAGUUUCGUAAGAAACGGUAUGAUUUUCGAGUUUGGGUUCCCUGACGACAGGGAAGAUUUGAGAAAUAACGACACCUUUAUCUCAGAAUAUAUUGAUUUUUUAGACAAGACAUUUGAUUUUGUGAUCGUCAUCGGAAUGUUAGACGAAAGCUUAGUUCUGCUGCGUCGUAUGCUUUGUUGGGAAAUGGAAGACAUUUUGUACACAACCACAAAUAAACGCAAGUACAAUUAUAAAAACCUCUUCGAUAGUGACUUGGUCGAACUGCACAAAAAAUGGAGCAAGGCUGAUUAUAGACUGUAUGAGCAUUUUGCUACGAAACUUCAAAACACCAUCAAGUCUCAAGGAAAGGAUUUCAAGCAGGAAUUGUCUGUGUUUCGAGGGACACAUAAGGUGCUGUGGAAAUGUCAUUCAGUUCGAGGUAAGUCCUCGCUGAAUUGCGGUCCAGAAGAAAGAAACACUCUUAAAUCUGAGUAUUACACACGGUGUUGA